AUGCCAUCAUCAAUCGAGUUCAGGUCGUAUAGCGAGAAUGACGCCUAUCUCACAGAAGGAAAGCCUGAGCCUAACGUUCGCUCCCAAAUGUUGAUUUACCAUUCAGACAACUCCAAAUGGUGGGUAAAAGUAACGUUCAAGGGCGAGAUCUCCCAAGGACUGGAGCAAAGAACCCCGAAACGCGAACGUCGCAGAGAAUUCCAAAAUUUCGUCAAGGACGUAGACUAUUCCUCGUUGCCGCUUCUGGAUGACACUGUGACUGAGGUGCUUUUGGAAGAACUCUCAGAACCUCAGUAUGCCACUCUGACGCUACGAGAAACUGAAGGACUCGGCAGCGGCCCUUUUGCAAGGCUUGCCAGGACAUUGAGAUACACGACGCGCGAAGAUCCUUCGAGGGUCAUCUAUCCCUCGUGUCGCGAAUUCACUUCAUUUCCACAUAUAAACAUGGCGGAAUUGUCAGAUGAGGUGAUGAUUACUGCUGGAGUUUCCAAAGUCUUCAACAUCCAGAACAAAACACCCUAUAUCCUCAAAGUCGUGAAUCGGCCCCUUUAUUAUCCCUAUGACACAGAAGUUAUACGCAGGGAGCUUGAAAAUCUUCAAAUCUGCAAAGGCGUGCCCAACAUCGUACAAGCAGCUGGUAUUGCAGUGUCUAAGAACCCUUAUAUGACGUCCAGCACGAGUAAUCAGCCUCUUGUUGUGAUUGGUAUCCUGCUAGAAUUUCAUAGCGGGGGGUCUUUACAGGAAGUCCUGAGUGAGGGUUGUCUACUAGAUCAUCCUUGGGAAAGGUGGGCAAUACAGAUCGCAACCGCGCUGGCUCAUCUGCAUGGGGCUGGGGUAACUCACAUGGAUAUCAAACCUUCGAACGUUGUCCUUGAUUCAGAUGGGAACGCGAUACUUAUUGACAUCAGUGGCAUUGGCGGAGUCACAUAUGAGUGGUGCGCCCCGGAGAUACGAGAUGAAAUAUCACCAAUUGCUCUCCCUUUCGAGGUGCGCCGACUAUGUGAUAUAUGGGCUUAUGGUCAUCUCUUAACAGAGAUUGUAUCCCAUGCAGAAGACAGCCCUGUUGCGACGACUUUGAGGCAGAUUGCGGAUUGUCUCACAGGAGAAAACACAGGGUCACGUAUGACUUUAUUGGAAGCUAUCUCACAACUGGAAGCUGCAGGCAUUGGAAGCUGCGUGACAUGUAACUAG